AUACGUCACACGUCAUGUCAUACGUCACUCUCGCCGUUGUAGAGACAUGGCGGGUGCUUACAGGUUAAAUAUUACAGACAUGUUCACAUGUACAACGUAUAUCACCCACACAAUUCUCUGUGUAUAAGUUCGAUCGUGUACACAGCGGUAAAGAUUUCACAUGCAGCUUCAAGAAAAGUAAGCAGAAGUAGUUUUCAAUAUUUUGGCAAAUUUGUGUCUGUGGUAUACUUUUCUACUUUUUACCUCUACUUUUAUGGGAAAAUGCGUUUAAUGUCAAUCAAAAAAAGAAUGCAUUCACGUUUUGGGCUGUUGCCUUACCUUAUUGUUGGCACGGCUGGCAUUUUAAUAGUCUACUGUGUUUGGAAUUUAUUGUUUGCUACCCCUGAAGUGCUUAGUUACAAAGUCAAAGAGGAUAAGCAAGAGAAAGAUAGAGCUAGGAACCCAGACCCUAAAUGGUCUAUUCUGCAGAAGCCGAAAAACGCUGCGAAGCAGGAGUUGAAAAAAGAAAGAGCUCUUAACGGGUGGAAGCAGGAGAAAGUUUUUUUGAACCCAGACCCCAAAUGGUCUGUUCUGGAGGAGAAAAAACUUCAAGAUCGCUUGAAUAAAAACCAUCUUAAUGAAGAACAGGAUGUACAGCAGAUAGUAAAGGAAAAACAGCAAGAGAAGGCCCAGGAUCAGAAUUUCAGUCCAGGACUCUUUCAACAUCUGGAUCCUGCUGAUGAAGCCUUUUUCCAUCAGCUGGAGCGCUUGGUCCACCUUGAUCUCAAAGGUGCCCCUCCCCUUGUGAGCUACCUAGAACAGUUAUUUCCUUUGCUCAAGUCUCUUGGUGCUACAGGCCUGCUUAUAGAGUAUGAAGACAUGUUUCCAUACAGUGACAGCCUCAGCCUUCUUGCUGCAGGCAAUGCUUAUUCACAGACAGACCUGCAGCGCAUUCAGAUGGCUGCUCGCCGAAACGACCUCGAGAUUGUGCCUUUGGUACAGACAUUUGGACACAUGGAGUUUGUGCUUAAGUAUGAAAAGUAUAUGAGUUUAAGAGAACUAAAUUUUACACCACAGGUCAUCACCCCAACCAGAGAGGAAUCCUACCUGCUACUCCAGCAGAUGAUUAUACAGAUUCUACAGGCUCACCCUGAGGCAAAACACAUUCAUUUGGGCUGUGAUGAAGUGUUUGAUCUUGGUAAAGGCCAAAGUCACACCUUGUUGAUCAGGGAGAAUCUUACCCCAGAGAAUGUUUUUCUUCGUCAUGUGACCAGAUUGGCUAAGUUUAUUCGAUCUACUUACCCUCACAUUAAGCCCUUGAUUUGGGAUGAUUGGAUUCGAAAUAUCGAUGAAAAGACUAUAGAGUUGUCUGAAUUAAACAAGGUUGUGGAGCCAGUGGUGUGGUGUUACGAGAACAAUAUCAUGGACCAUAUAAAGCGGCCGGUGUGGGAGAAAUAUGGCCAGCUCUUCGAAGGUGUGUGGGUGGCGUCAGCCUUCAAAGGUGCCACAGGUAGUAGCGAGUUCAUCACUAACGCCUCUUUUCACAUUGACAACAACCUUCAAUGGGUAGCUGUCAUCCGUAACCUAGGCAUCCACGAAAUGCUGGUGAACUUCCGGGGCAUUGCCCUGACUGGUUGGCAACGCUAUGACCACUUUGCCACAUUGUGUGAGCUUUUGCCUGUCGGCCUUCCCUCAUUGGCCAUGUGUCUUUCGGCAACCAAGAAUGGAGACUUUAGUAAACAGCAGCAGGUAACAGCCAGUAGUGCCUUGGGAUGCUCUCUUCCUCUGGAGUUGCCUGCUCUGAGUGGAAAAGAUGAAUAUAUAAUCGGAGACUGCAGAUUCCCAGGUAGUGAUGUCUUUUAUGCAGUGCGCCAACUCUGGAGCAAGGUGACUACCACAGAGCAUGAUGAUCGCUUAAAAUCACCUAUAUCAGGUUGGCUGACAAACUACCAGGUGCGCAGAGGCUUCUCCAGCUCAUGGCAUAUGAGCAGCUUGUAUAGAGAACUUGCAGUGGUAAUUAGUCAUUUUCAGUCUCUGUUGAAUGAGCUGAAAGGCUAUUUGCUGAAGGUCUAUGACAGGAAUACAGUUGAUGAGUGGCUGGAGACUAAUGUCCAUAGCCGCAUUGCCAAGCUAGAAGACAUUUUAGGCAAGGCAGAGGCUCUUAUGAAGAAAACUACAUGGCCACGUCGUCCACUGGGGCCUCCACCUAUGAAAUCACGGUCUGAUGAAGUUGGCCAAAAGCUGCAGUCUAGCGAUUUCAGUCCAGCAACCCAAGGUGUGGAAGUGGUGCCCAUCCAAGGACAGGUGGAUAGUAUUCAAAAUCUGCCCAUCCAUUUGAGAGCAAACAUUCCAGGAAAUGGGAAUAUCCCUGUUAUAAAUUCCCAGGUCCAAGGUGUGAAUGGCGCCGUCACCCACGGAAGUGAAGGAUAUUGGCAGGGUGGGAAACUAUCUGAUGUGCUGCGUCAGAGCUUCACGCCAACUGUACCCAGCAAACUGAGGUACAUUCAGAGUGGAAAUGCAUAUGCAGAUGUUAAACAUGGGCUAGGACAGAAUGACUACAUACAGAAUUUCCAGCAGCCUCAGCAAGUUGUUGGUAGCCAGUAUGAAGGUCAAUCUGCAAGCAGAAGAUGGAAUAAUGCUGUACCUCAAAAUGGUGACAAUCGUUUCCCAUUUCAGCAGCAGGUCCGGACCAGACAGGGCAAAUGACUGGCAGGGCAAACAGAGGACAUAGUAAAGUACGGGAUUGAAAAUGCAAUUGUGGCUGAGGAACAUGGGACUUGGUGGAUUUUACAAGAGCCCAGUGUUAUUUUUUAUAUUAAUGAUUCCCAGACCUUGUCUAGAAUUAUUCAGACAUCCUUUCCCAAACCUGUUUUAGCUGUAACAUGAUUCAGUCCAGAGAUUUGAAGUUCUCUCUCACACACAUAACGUUUGAAGCGAAAUAGUUUACUGUAGCAGUAUUUGAGAUUUGGCAUUGUUUUCAUGCAAUCAUUCCCUCGCUGUUAACUGAUAACACAGAUGAGUCCCUACGUGUCAGGAAAAACUUAGCAUAUUUGAAAAAAAAAGAUUUCCAGUCCUUCAAAAAGUCAGCAUUUAAAGUAAUUAACGAUCAGGAAAUUCGCUAAAAGUAUUAUUUCUGUAAUUGUUUCUUUUAAAAAGUGCUUUAAGUAUAAAUUUAAAUGGCUACAUUUUGGUGAGGGGCCCAAAAUAUGCGAGAGUUACACAGGUACUGCAGAACUUGAAAUUAUUGGUCUACUUUCUUCAAACUAGUAUUGAAAUGACAGUCUAGAUUAGAAUGAUAGCAGCUGAAUAGCUUAAAUCGAUCAGUUGUUCACCAACCAGCUGUAAGUUUGUAGGAGUAGGUAAUGAGAAUGAACAAAAGGUGUAAUAAUUUGGGAAGCAUAUGGAUUAAAAGGAAUUCUUUCUAUUUGGUGUGGAACUUGUCAUAAACAUUGACAAGUGACAGCCACACAUUUAAAAAAAUGAUAAAAUUGAAAUAUUUGGUAAGUGAAUGUGCUGUUCAACCUCAAGCAUGUUUUGGUGCAAAAACAUUUCUAUUGAUGACAAAGGGUCGUUAUAUUUUUUGUUUGCUGAAUUGUGCAUUAAGCAAUGCACAUGAAAAAGGACUUUUUCCUGCAAAGUGGGACAGAUAAAAAAAUCGUGCAGGUCGUGAAGUGAUUCAUAGACAAAGUACACAAAACAGAUUAUAACAUCAAGAAAGAACAAAUGCUUAUUUUUAAAAAGGAUAUUUAGAAAUUUCUUCCUAUAUUUGUUUUGUGGGUUUUUUUUUUUUUUUUAGUUAACUGAAUUUUUCAAAUAAAAGCAUUGUGUGCCUACAUGACUACUUUGAGAGCUUUUGUAUGAAAAAAAAAAGGCUUAAGAAAAUAUAUAUGUAAAGCAUCCACAAAAGUAAUAAAGACAAUAAAAUGCA